AUGCCCGCUUCAGACCAGCUUAGACUGCCCUCUGAUCAAAAACCAUUUGCUGCAAAUAAUGAAUCAGCUGGCUCCUGCCCCUAUGCUUACAGCUCAGUUCACACCAGCAACUUGCCAGAUCGACAACUACUGAUAGAGCAGAGCAGUAAAACAGGCCAACAANUCAGUUCACACCAGCAACUUGCCAGAUCGACAACUACUGAUAGAGCAGAGUAG